AUGCGCCCCAUCGAUUGUAUCUCCGAAUCUCACACUGGCACUGGAACUGGCACAGUCACAGUCGAUGAAUGUUUUAGCCCGCCGCCGGGUGCCAUUAUCACUGUUCAUAUCAACGCUAACACCGGCGCCUCUUCUGCAACGGACCUGGAUGUACCCGUAGAUGGUAGGACGAUAUUGGACGAGGACAGGAAUGCUGUGUCUGUAACUGUAACCGCUGCUGCUGCUGAUGCCACUCAACCCACCACCGACGAUAAACCGGCCACUCCCACUCACAAUCAGCCUGCCACUCAAAAUCAACCCGCCACUCAAGAGUCGCGUCCGACUCCAACUCCGAUUCCAGCUCCGGCGUUGACUCCGACUCCGUCUCUGACUUCAACUUCCACUUUGACUUCCACUUCCACUUCCACUCCGACGCCAACACAGACGCUCGUGCCAAACGCGACACAAAUCACAGAAAUUGAAAUUGAAAUCGACAUGCACUUAGACUUGGAAUUAGACACGGUGUACAAGGACCCUGCUUCUGUUGAACACGGUGCUGAGUCCGGCGACGCGACUCAGAUGCGUCUUGACUUGGGACGGAAGGCUAUUGCUCAUACCACUGCCACUGCCACUGCUGUUGCUGCUGCUACUGACGUUGUUACUUCUGCUGCUGCUGCUUUUGACAUUGCUACUUCUGUUGCUACUGAUAUUUCUACCACCGCGACUGAUACUGAUACCACUGCGACUGGUACUGGUACCGCUGCUACUGAUACUGCCUCUACUUCUGCUGCUGAGCCGGACGCAAAGACGUUUCCACCAGACUCGGAGUGUUCCACCGCGCACCAACAUCAAGAUGGCACUAUAAUCGCCGAUAAUGCUUCUUGUACCAAUGCUACUGCUACUGUUACUUCCGCUGCCAAUGGUGUCGCCGCUCGUGCUGUUACUGCUACUGUCUCGACGACUCUCCCGAAUUCUUCGCGUGCGGACACGAUGAAUGUCUCCAUCGAUAAGCCUGAUGACGCCGAUCGUCACGCUGAUGCUCAUGUGCAUGCAGGCGUAGACAGCGGGGAACACAAUCAGAACCAGAACCAGAGUCAGGACCAGGAGGCAAACGGGGAUGCAAAAAUGGGUGACGAUAUGGAUUGUCGUUCAGAUGGCGUGUCCCCUGUUCUCGAUCAUACCCACACCGAUGGGGAUGGUAAUAAUAAUAAUAAAGAUAAUAAUAAUAUUUGGAACGGCAACGGCGACAGUGGCGAUCUUGGGCGCGUCCAGGGUGACGCUGACGCCCGGCGUCAGAUUGAAGCGCAGGUCAGUCAACACACGCCGACCGCGAAUUCCUCGUGCGCACAACCGCCAGAGCCACAGUUACAACCCCAGACAAAGCCAAAGCCCAAACCAAAGACGCACGCGGACCACAUGCGCGCGCUCAUCUUGCGCAAAGUCAAUCCACAAGGCGCGUUCGAUGUACAGUAUGCCUGUUCGGAUUGUGAUACUGAUCAGACAAAUGCAGAUACUAACACCAGGGUCGAUACCCAAACCAACACCACGGCCAACAUCAACGCGUUAACCACGCCUUGGCGCUUCGUGUUCAACACGCACUACGAGGUCGAGGACGAGGUGAAAGAGAUACCAGCUUACUCUUGGAUGACAAGGCGCGUGCGGUACCCCGAUGGAAAGCGGGUCAGCACCAACGGAAUGUGGGCAGCGACGCUCGCGGACUUCCACCGCGUCGCGUCAUGGCACGACCCGCCUACGGUGCCCAAAGCGCCCGAUGAUAAAUCAAGGCCGGACUCCUCCUCUAGCGCGUUGGAGUAUGAGAGGUGUCAAGGUCCGAGGAGGUGCACGGUGGUUGCGCCAAUGAAGGUGGUCACGUCCAGCAUGCUGCUCGCGAGGUACGCUUCGGUGGUGACUGGUGACGUGCGACACGACCGUCUGAGGCAGGUUCUGCGCAUUGCAGAGACGGAGGAGGGCCCGCAGAUUCUCCCGGUGUAUAGCAUUGCGAAACUCGUGCGGGGCGCCGAAGCGUGGAAGGCGCAGAGUGCGCCGGGCGGGGCGUCGUGGGCAAAGAUGACCUUGGAUGAUCUUAACAAUAACAAUGAUAUUGGAUGCGAAGAAGGCGAGCGGGCGAAGAAGAGGCCGAGAGAGCGCUGGGAGGUUGAUGAGCCGUGGCCUCCAGAGUCCAUCUUCAGUCCACGCGCGUACCCGCGUCCAUGGACACUCGAGCCUUUCAAGCAGCACCACUGGCACGCCGAAUACGACCUCACAAGCUGGGUGAACGUGCCGACGCUCCAGAGCUACAUCCCGCAGCACCUGCUCCCCGCAAAGCUCAUCGUGCACGAUCCCUGGGAGGUGCUCUCCGGCCUGCGCUGCACCGCAGAAGACCAGUACACCGCGCCGUUCACGCAGAAGAAGGACAUCGUGCGCGUGUUCAAGCUCAGCCUCGACCGCCGCCCGCGGUACGACAGCGAUAGGGAAGAGGAGCAGAAGGAGCUGGACAGGGAGGAAGCGCGCCGCACCGAGUUCCUCGCGUGUCCGAAGUCGGGGGUGCCGAUGCCUGCGGGGAUGUUCUAUGAGCCCCGGCGGUGCGUGGAGGAUGAGGGUGAUGGGACUGGGCCUGCGAAGCCGCCGGUGUACGUUGUGUUCCCUGCGCGGCCACGGAAAGUCGCCCCAAAAGAGGCGCAUUUGUAUCUCGCGCCUUCUGAGAAGAUGGGUUCGGGCCACCAUUCGUAUGUGUACCGCGCCGAGCUUGAGGUCCCGCGCUCGAUGUUAGUUGAAGACGUUAUCUGCGAGGACUGUGUGCGUGCAGACGUGAAACGCAUUUUAGAGGAGGAGGAUGGGAUAGACGGGGAAAAAAGAGAUCCGAAGUGGGAUGAUCAGACUGCUGGGAGGUAUGUAUUGAAGCUGAGGAAGUUGAGAGAUGGGAAGAGGCGGAAGGUCAUGUUCGGAUCCGAGGAAGCCAUGUGUGAAUGGGAUGAUAAACACGAUCGUGUAACGAAAGAACAAUCCCAGCUCCCGGAUGUUCAUAUCGAAUACGAAGGCCCCUAUCGCGCAGUGCAGACGAAGGUAGGCUAUCAAAAUCUUGAGCGGGCGCCGUAUUGCGAGCACUUGCGAAUGCGGAGCGAGAACAUCCACCCACUAACCGCCAGAGUCUAUGUUGCCGCAAAAUUAGCUAGCAGGGACGACAGUGAAGACCAUCUUCCGAAAGAGGCGUUGAACUACCAAGCAUUCCCGAAACACUUUUUUGAGCAUCGAACAGGGUACAAUUUGUCUGAGUCGGAACACCCUUUUGUUUUUCCCCAAGCCCCUGUGCCGCCAGGUGCACUGGUACCACAGUUUUAUGGGUACUACGAAGCGGAUUGGAAGGACCAAAACAACAGAAACUCAAAGGGCGAGAGGGAGCAUCUGAGUCCUAUUUUAUUGAUGGAAGAUUGUGGCCAGGCUAUCGAUCCAGACAAGAUGUCCGUAGAUGACCGGUGA